AAUUUCACUAAUAAAUAUUUGUGUGAAAUCAUUUUCACUUUCCAUGUAAAUUUUUUAGACAUUUGCAUCGCUUCUCACCAGGUAUGAGUUUAAAUUUAAUAGUUUUAGACAUACCCUAGCUGUACGUACUACAGUUUUGCUUGUGUGCAUGCUAUUUGUUUGUAAAAUUGCGGUUUAAUUUUGCACGUGCGUUGUGUGUGAUUUAUAUAUUUUCAAUGUUUGCGGCCAGGUUUAUUGGUCAUAUUAUAGUACCCACCUAAUUAUUUAAUGGCCACCACCCCCGCUUGUUAUGGUUAGCUUAGAAUUUUUUUGAAAGCCGUGCUUCGAGUACAAAAAACUAAAAGUUUCAAUAUUUUGUGGUCCUGUUUUUUGUCAGAUACAAAAUUAAAGGUUUUGGGCACUUUACCGUACCGGAGUAUAUAAUAAAUACUGUGUGUAAUUGUAGUAAAUGUGUGUUUUUCAUGGCUUGUAAUUCUGUAUUUUACAACCCAUUUUUGAUAGCAUAUCUUUGCCGAUUGGGUCGUUCCGGAAAACACUUGUACCUCCUCCGCAGAGGAAAUUGGAAGUUAACCCCCCUACCCCCGUUGGGUGUCCUAAUACACUUUCAAUUAUCAGAAACCAAUUUUUCUUUCUUCACUCUGCUGAUGACAGAAAUUUCUUUCUAGACCGAUGCUCAUUAUGGGGGUACGGCAAAGUGUAAAAUUUCCCAAGGCUUCGUAUGUGAAUAUUAUGUGCCUUAGGCCAAAUAAAGAAAUUCCCGGUUUCUCAUCAGUAAUUUUUUUAAAUGUAAAUGAGGAGCACAUUGUUUUUUUAUUUUUUAAAAUUUCAUUUUCACAUUUAAUAGUGAAUUUGUCACUGUUUAAAGCCAUAAACUCUCAAUCUCUUAAAGGUGAUGUCCACUCCUGUGUGCAUGCACAAACUUUGUUUACGUUUUGAACUUCUAUAUUUGUAAAAUAUGAUAUACUAACUCAAUAUCUAACACUCUUCUGGUUCGCUAUGCUUAUAUAAACUCUACGUUUCAAUUCAAUUUUGUUCAAUGUUUAUAUUUGGGGGUCCCCCUUUGUUAUGAGCAGAACUGAUGCGCAGAACGGAGUACAAAAACAGUAAAAAUAUAUAAUACUGUUCUGUCCAUGGAUAGUUGAAAUGAAAUAAAAAACAUACAACAAAUGGACCGCAUAAUUUGGACAUUCUUUAUCGUGUUCUGAUAUAUUUAUCUGGGACUUUUUUUAUGUGGCUUUACAGCCCUCGAAAACCGUCAAAAUUGAGGUCGGCAAAAAAAUGUCAACCUAAAUCUGACCUAGGUCGGCACGUUUCGGCAUUUUUAAAUCUGUUUCCAUGUCUUGGAGCACUAGUAAUCACAUAUUUACGAAUAAUUAAAAUCGAAAUAUAAAGCAUGCCGUUUUCCGCGUAAAUGUGAUCUACAGUAACACGACAGCCUUUCUUUUGGAUUCUUACUUAGAUUAUAUAUAGAAUACCCGUCAAUUUUUAAACCUUACACCGAAGUAUUUAGUUUAUUGAACUACGAAUCAAAUUCUAUAAUCGCUAUUUUUAAUAACUAUCAGCACCAAAAAUAUUCUUACUUGGGCUGAAUUAAGGUCGGCAAAAAUUUGCCAACCUGGGAGCUUGAUAGGACGGUAUUUAGGUCAGCCGAAUGCCAACCUCGUUUUCAAGGGCUGCUUUAGUGAUGCUUUAAUUUCGAAUGGUCAGUGCCACACAGUGAGAGAGAGAACUGAAAAAUAUAGGCAGGACUUUGAUGCUUUGAGUGUUUGUUUGAUUUUAUAGAAUUUUACUAGUCAUGGAUGAGCAACAUCAAAGUUUAGAUGCAUUUAUUCAACUUAAUCCAAAUUUCUGUGUUCCUGAUCAGAUGGUAGGAACUAUUUCUAAUAUAAAGUAGCUGUGAUCUCCACUCAGGGCCGUAACUAGAUGCAAUAAUUGAGGGGGUGAACAUUCAUAUACUCUUGUUCUGCCCAACGGAUUUCCUUUGAAAGCAAUUGUUUUUAUGGUAUGUAAAUAUGAUUAUAUGAAGACCGUAUUUACUCGAUUGAGCGCCGCCCUCGAUUGAGCGCCGCCCCCGAAUAAGCGCCACAUUUGAGAUCAAAUUUUUUUAAUUAAAGAGCGCCGCCCCCGAAUGAGCGCCGCACUAAACAGUGUAAAAACUUUCCACCGUCAAAAUGGAGACAUUUAGUGACGAAAACAUUUAAUACUUGUUUAUUCCAUUGUUAAAAGUUCUUGUUAUAAUUCACAAAUAAAUUUUUUUUACAUCAGGGAGUGCCGCCCCUGAAUGAGCGCUGCAUCUGAAGCUCUGAAAAUUUAAAGAGCGCCGCAGCGCUCAAACGAGUAAAUACGGUAUCCCCCCACCAAUUAUCGCGUCUAGUUACGGCCCUGUCUCCACUAUAAAAUACAUCAACGGUUUUGUGGAUAGAUAGGGAUACAACUACCUGAAAAAUACAAGGAGAACUUUGACAUUUCUAAUGAAGACCCUUCGUCACGAAGUUAGGCCUAAAAAAAUACCUGUGGUUACGGUUUCAUAUCGUGAAAAAAUUAGGGUCGGUAGGUCGGAAAUACUUUUUUUUUAAAUAUUUUUUUUCAUGGUUUUGGCGUGUUUUUUUUUAUGGGCGCGAUUUGCAGUGGGGUCCCGACAUCAAUAUUAACUAGAGAUGCGUAUUUCCUAUGGACGAAUUUAGGCAAUUUGGUUCAAUAAUUAGUGUGACAACAGAUGCCAUUUUCGCAACCACCCGGAGAAAAUAGGGUUGCACGGUCAAUCGUGUUGAAAAAUAAUAGGGUCGGCAGAAAAAAAUAGGGUCAGUUGGAACCGGAACCACAGGUAUUUUUUUGUUGGGCUUUGGUUGGCUACUAACAUUCCGACCUUCGCUUGAAAGUUGCACCUCUAUCAAUUCAAAGCUUUCUUAUAAAACACAAGCUAUUUUGUGAGCAUUUUUAAUUAACCCAUCAAGUGUGUGCUCUCCCCUUUCAAGAUGAGUAAAAUUAGCCUUUCUCCUGGCUGAUUUUUCCUCCAUUUUGGGGGUACUGCCUCUCCCACGUUUGAGAGUCUCCGCACCACAAAAUACAACUUAUUAUUAUUAAUAGUAAUGUUUUACAGUUUACAGUUACAACAGUACCCCAAAAAUGGUGGGUUUUAGCCUUCGUGUGAAAGGCUAAUUGUCUGGCAUUAGACUGAGUAAAAUAAUAAAGUAGGGUGCAUCGCAAUUUGAUGAGUUAACUAGACACAUUGGCAGAUAGUCUGAUUAGCCCAUUCAGUACCAGUGCUUUCCCCUUGAUGAGCAACAUUGACUGGCGUUAGACAGUAAAAUAAAGUAAUGUCCAGUGAGGUGCAAUGGGUUAAAAAAUAUAGUAGUUAACCCAUUGAGCUGCAAAGUGUCUGGCACCCAUGAAAAAAUUAUUUUUAGGCUUGUUUACAAACUAUUUAUUGCUGUUAUUAUUCCAGUUCGAGGACAGUGAUAUUGGCGCCUCAGAGGACAUCUACAACACGGUGGAAAUCGAAACGAGCGAGGCAGAUGGUUAUCAACCCGCUGCCGAGACUCCUGUCUACCGUCAAUCACCAUCGUCUCAAACCACAUCAACAACCAUGAGCAAUACUGUAAAAACCCAGGGUAUUGUACUAUUGUUAUUAAGUAAUAUUAUUAUCAUCAAUAUUAUUUUAUUAAAUUUUUUGCACCAAUAUAAAAAUCAUUGUUAUAUAAAAUAUAAAAAUAAAAUAUAAAAAAACAAUAUAAAAAUCAUUGCGCUAAUUGACCAUUUGCGUAAUAGACUAAAUUUUGAUCUCAACAAAAAUUUCAUUACAGCUUGAACGAGCAUCACAACAUUUCAUUACAACAUUUUGCAACGAAACUUUGGAAUAUUACUAAUUUUGUGAUGCUCCUUCAAGCUGUGAUGAAAUAUUUGUCUAGACUUGUUUAGUUCAAAAUUUAGUCUAUUACGCAAAUGGUCAAUUCAGCAACUGAACAAAGUUUGGCAAAUUUUGAUAUUUUGUACAAUUCAAAUGUUCUCUCUGAGAAUGUUUGAAAUUUGAAUUUAAUAUGUCUUAUCCUGGCCGUGCAUCAUGUAGGUCUGCAAAUUAGUGCCGAUCAUCGGACAUUGUCCAGCCAAAUUUUACAUUUUGUCCAAUCAAAGCUUUUCAUGACUGGACAUGUGGUGACCGAUCGAUUUAGGCUGGUCAAAUCUCCAUUCUCAAAAAAUUGUUUAUAUAUUUAACAGUUUUUGUAUCUGUGUGUAGCGCUAGAUACUAUGCUAGAUCAACCUUUUAAAGAGGCUGUCAAGUCCGUAAUGUAAACAAACGCUUUGUUUACAUUUUGAACUCAGUGCUGCAGUUGUAAAAUAUGAUUGGAUACAGUAUAUAUUAUGCUAAAUUUUUAACACUUUCUGGUUCGCUAUGCUUGUAAAUGAAUACAGACUAGAGAUUCAAUUCAAGAAAGUUCAAAAUAUACGAAAUAUUAAUAACAUUCCAACGGUCGGAUCCCGACCAUUGGAAUGUAAGCCUGCGCAGAAUGUAUGAGCAGAACGGACUUGUCAGCCUCUUUAAAGUGAGAUAGUCGCAUAUCACAUAAAAUUGAUGUAAAAUUCAAAAUGAAAAUCAAGUUUGAAGAUAAUUUUUUUCCCCUAUCAGGUAGUAUGUCAGAGGCUUGCAGUACGCCAUCAACUACCAUGGCGCGUGGUACAAAUCCAGUGAAUCAAAGUGGAACUCGUUUGUCAACCACUACAGGAUCAGGAAGCCAGACCGGCACACCAGUGGUUAACCCAGUGAUAGCCCAACUCAAUAUUCCAAUGGUCAGCGCAGUACCAACCCAGACCACCGUACCAACCCAGACCACCGUACCAACCCAGACCACCGUACCAUCAGUUAACCAUGCUCCGUUAAAAAUGGUCUCAGUACCCAUCAAUUCAGAUAUAAUCACCCAGGGGAACAGUCAGGUGGUUUUAAUACCCAUGGGGGGUAUGGACUCGGCGAAACUUGAAAGCACCCUCAAAGUGCCCGAGGGCCAGAAACUGGUCAUUAUAAAACCACAGGAAAUCUUGAAAACCAUAGAGGAGAAAAAAUCACAGAAAAACCCUACCAUGGUUGGAAUGAGUGCAGAACAGACACGGAAUUUAACCAUUGCUCAACAGGGGAUUCUCUUGAAAGCUGCCAAUCAAGGAAGCCUUCAACAGAUACCUGUAUCUCAGGUUGGUGUAAUGGCGAAUCACCCUGUACAAGAUAAGAAAGGAUUGGUGAAAUUAUCUCCAAAGAGUGUUCCAGUCCAACAAGGUGUUCCCAUUUCGCAAAAUGCUCAACGUGUUUCAAUCUCGCAAAGUGUUAGCAACUCUAUGCAACCGAGGCUAACAGCCCAGUUGCCCAAAGCGACGAUGCAAAGUGUUUCAGCUACGGGAGUGCCCCGACAAACACUUCAGACCAGUACGGUUAACAAUGCUGCAAUACCUAGACCGGUUGUCCCUGGGCCGACAACUAUUCUACUACAAGCAAUGGCGAAUCAAGUCUCCAAGUCAUCUGAUCAAGCGGUGAGAAUGAAGACCAUUGAACAGGGUGCAGAAAUCAAACAAACGCCAAAAACGACCCUACAAAAUACAGGUAGCAUGACUCAUACAGCUCAACCCAAACUCACAACAAGCACAGCAAACAACACAGCUCAUCCAAUCGGUCAAACCCGUGGCCCAAACACCACCGUAGCUAAUGGGACCACUUCCAAAACCAGUGUGACUACUUCUCAAACCGGAUUGACCACUUCUCAAACCGGUUUGACCACUACUCAAACCACUUCCCAAACCAGUAUGACCACUUCCAAAACCGAUUUGACCACUUCCCAAACCAGUGUCACCACUUCUCAAACCAGUGUCACCACUUCUCAAACCAGUGUCACCACUUCUCAAACCAGUGUCACCACUCCCCAAACCAGUUUAAGUGAUACAAAGCCAAAUGUGUAUCAGACAUUGAAACAAAAAUUGAGGGAAGUGAAUUCGGAGCAAACUCAGAGCAAUACAGCAAGCGUAAAACAAACUGAAAUAUCAAAAGAAGAGGCAAAUCCGAUGGGGAAUAAGCAAUCAAAUACACAACCAACUCAAAAUGAGAAAGUACAAAGCAAUCCCCAUGUUGCGAAAACUCCUGCUCAAAAAAUCAUCGUCACGUAUGUUUCGCCCGAUAAACCAGGAAGAACGGAUGUCACAACUGACAAGCGAACUGGGGCUUAUAUUCAAGUACCAGCAAAGAUGAAAGGACACGAGAUGAAGCAGAGUAACACAGCGCAAAGUGCAAGAGUUUUAAAUGCAUCAAAUGCUUCUAAGCCUGUAAUGAGUGGCACUUCAUCACAACCUGCGAGUGGGCAAAAAACGGAAAACGGGCAAGGUCCCAAAACUGUUCCCAGAAUUUCCUCACCAAUCAGGCAUAAUAAAACGGAAAGGGACGUACACCAAGUGGAAGGUACCUUGAGUAGCCCGAAUUCUAGCGAUACACCUUCAACAAGCGGGCAACCGAAUCGGCCCUCUAUCGCAGAACAUGAAAACACGCUUAAUAAUGUUGUCACUAAACGCGGAAGACCCAGAAAAGAUCAAUCAAUUUAUAGAAGCAGUGUAGCAAAUAGCAAACAAGAUGUUAAGAAACCCUUAUCGGGACCAACUCUUAAACACGAACUGGACAGGCAAGGCUGUUUCUCGGCAAGGCCGAAGUCGUUGAAACUAAACGAACAUCAAAUUAAACCCGUGAAACAUAAACGAGUAUCCAUUACAAAUCCGUGGACAUGCGCAUUGUGUGGAAAGGUUUCCUUUGCGAAUUCUUUGGGAUGUUUGUACGGACCUUACGACGUAGACGAUGAUAUAGCGAAGGAGGGAUCGGGUAGAGGCGAGGGGCAUGAUAGGAGUGAAGGGGAUGAACCCCAACCCAAAAAGAGGCGGGGUUCAAGUGAGGGGUGCAAUGAGGAUGAGUUGUGGUUUCAUGGUGAUUGUAUCGUCUGGUCCCCCGGGGUGUACGCCCUUGGAGAGUCGCUGGUUGGACAUACCCAAGUUGUUAAUGAUGCCCAGUCUAGGGUAAGAUUUUGUUCUUUUCUGCUUCGGUAACAGUUUCCUCUUUUCAACCCAUCUUAUCAGUUCAUUGGCGAAGAAAUUUUAAAAUUCAACGCUGUUUAAGCCAAGAAAAUCAAAGCUAAAGUUUAUGUAAAUGAACAAGAUUUUUUAUCAUAUAUUAAAAACUCAUUAAUAAUUCAUGAGGAAAAUACAAAAGAAAUGAAUGUUUAAUCAAUGCUUGUAAAUCGGAUAAAGAUUUGUCCUGACUUACAUAAUCUUCACCUUUGAUUUUCUCCGCUUAGACAAUGUUUAUUUUAAAAUUACUUCGCCACUGAACUCAUAAGAUGGGUCGUUUUUUAAUCACGUUAAAACACGAGCAGCCGAUCUUUAUCUGAUCACAGAAUAGAUACCGGACCAGAAGUGUCACUCCUAUUUGUUUUGGCUGAAGGAAAACGUCCGAAAUUUUUUUGCGUGCUAUGAUAUGAGAUAUCUAUGGCUAUGAUGCCAUCCUGGAGUGCACCCGGCACUUUGUACCUAUGUUUUCCUAUGAAAAACUUCCGUGUGCACUCCAGGAUGGCGUCAUAUGAUGGCGUAUUUUCACGUCAGCACUCGUAAAAUUUCGGACAAAAUAUCAUCUGAGUGACACUUCUGGUCCUGUAUCUAUUCUGUGAUCUGAUAUACAAAUUCUCGCCUUCGGCUCGAGAUACAGAUCGGCUGUUCAUGUUUUAACUGGUACUCAGAGUAACAUGACACAAGCAUCUUAUUCACCUGAGUACAUUAACCAACACAGCAAAUAUCAUGGCACUAAAACCCCCGACACGGCAGUAAUUUCCUUUGUAGUUUCCUCAUGAAUUAUUAAGAGACAAUUUUGUCACGUAUUUGCAAAAUGUCACGUAUUUGCAAAAUGUCACGUAUUUGCAAUGAAAAUUGAAAAGUGUUCAAAACCUAAAAUCUUUUUGGCGUUCCUUUCAAAAUUACUUUGUUUUAGCUUAAUUCUCUAGUUUAUAGAGUUAGCUACCUUUUUAAAUGCAUGCAUCUGCCUGUUGAGAAACAUAAAAUAAUAGUUUAAAAUUGUCAAUUAAAAUACAAUUAUCAACGAUGCUUUAAAAUUGACACCAUAUUUACAGCCAUAUAUAAGCAAAACUCACUGAACUUCAGACAUCAUUUUCUCUUUGGCGUAUCAUCUAAAAUCUCUUCACUUUAGCAUUAUUUUACAGAUAAAGCACUAAACAUACUUUUUAAGUUUGUUUGCCGAUUGAGAAACGUAUCGAAAAAUAAAAAUUUUGAAUUUAGUCAUACCCUCAAGCGAUAUAUUAUACGUAUUAGUUUUGAGCGCGUGUUACGUGACAUACAAAAAAAUCUCUUCUUAAUGAGUUUUUUAUAAAUAUAUAUGUCGUUGUAGAAAUGUGUCUACUGUGGCAAUCCUGGUGCCACCUUGGUGUGUUUGCAGAGGACGUGUAGGAAGCAAUAUCAUUUUUUCUGCGCUAAGAAAACUGGUAAGUUGAACCUUGAUUCUUGCGGAAAUGUUUCCCAAUGGGAGGAUGGUGUCUGGGCUCAAAAAUUUUUAAUGGAUGAUUCCAGGUAUAGACUAAAUUUUGAUCUAGACAAGAAGAACAAAAUCCAUCACCACAGCUGGAAAGAGCGUGUUAAAAUUAGUAAAAUUGUAAAGUUUGGUGCAUUUUCCGUGCGUAAAUACUUAACAAAUAUAAAACAUUUUCCGUGUAAACGUCGGAAAAUUUCUUUCUUUAUAUUUCUUUGUGCUAUAUUAUAAAACAAAUAUAAAACAUUUUUUCCGAAUUGAUAUACAGUUUUAGUAUUUUUGCACAAGUCAAUAUAACAAAUCCUACAAGUUGAUUGGUCAAAUUUGACGUAUUAAGCUGUUAUAUUCACCUACAGGUGAAUAUAACGAAACUGAAAUUUUCAAAAUGGCGGCUAGUCGUUUUGUGGAAGUUUACUGACAAAGAAAUAAGAGAAAUUAAAAUAAAUUCAGCACCAAAUAACACAAAAGACUUCUGCAAAAAUACUAAAACAAUUAUUCACCUCAGGCUCGGUGAUUAUCAGGGAAUAUUCACCUCGACUUCGUCUCUGCGAAUAUUCCCCGAUAAUCACCUCGCCUUCGGCGAAUAAUUGUUAAAUAUCAACACGAGUGGAGGGCGGAGUGUUUUCACACAACCGAAGGGCGGAGUGUUUUCACACAAUUUCGAGUUUUCCCAAUUUCCACGAGUGUUGAUAUAACUGUAUAUUAAUACGGAAAAAAUGUUUUAUAUUUGUUUUAUAAUGUAGCACAAUGAAAUAUAAAGAAAGAAAUUUUCCGAUAUUUCUGUGUUGACAUUGAGUUAUAUCAACACGGCUCUUAUCCAAUCAGCGUUCAUAAUUUACAAAUGCUAUAUUAUAAUUAACAAAUAUAAAACAUUUUCCGUGUUGAUAUACAGUUAUAUCAACACGAGUGGAAAUUGGGAAAACGAGAAAUUGUGUGGAAACACGACGCCCGAAGGGCGGAGUGUUUUCACACAAUUUCGAGUUUUCCCAACUUCCACGAGUGUUGAUAUAACUAUAUAUCAAUACGGAAUAAAUGUUUUAUAUUUGUUUUAUAAUAUAGCAAUGUCAAAAGCCCGAAGAAUAAGAAAAAUUUCCGUGUUACAAGCGGCGGAAAAUUUCCCGUGUUGACAUGGAGUUAUAUCAACACGGCUCUUAGCCAAUCAGCGUUCAGAAUUUACAAAUGUUAUAUUAUAAAAAUUAAUACAAAAUUUGCAAAUUUCGCAGGGCUAUAUUUUCCUCAUUUUACAACAUUUCGCAAGCAAACUUUGCAAUUUUACUAAUUUUAACAUGCUCUUUCUAGCUGUGGUGAUGGAUUUUGUUCUUCUUGCCGAGAUCAAAAUUCAGUCUAUACCUGGAAUCAUUUAUUGUACUUGACUAGUACUCAAGUGCUUAUUCCCGCGAUUUGCAUAGAAUAUUUAGCCAAGGGUCCCAGAUCAUUUCUGCAACUAUUUUAUGUCCGAAUUCUAUGUACGAGUAUUGAUGUUUGAUUAUUUUCAUUUAGGCUGUGUAUUUGAAGAAUCUAAUUAUACGAUUCAGUGUCGCAAGCAUGUAAAGGUGUGUAAUGUAUUGAAUAUCUAGAGAGAUCAGUUUAGAAUUGAUAGAGAUUUUCAGUAUAGAUAAAGUUAGUAGUAUAUAACACUGGGUCAAUAGGAGAUCAUCCUUAUACUGAACCUCUAAAGAGAACAGCUUUAAACUGAUAGAAGUACCCAGUUUAAAUAGAGUUAGUUUAGUUUAGGUUUCCUUCUGUAGUAACACUGGAUCAAAUAAGAGAUUACCCUUACUGGACCUCUAGGAAGAACAGUUUAGAACUGAUAGAGCUAUUCAGUAUAAAUAAAGUUAGUUUAGUUUAGGUUUCCUCCUGUAGUAACACUGGAUCAAUAAGAGAUUAUCGUUACUUGACCUCUAGGAAGAACAGUUUAGAACUGAUAGAGCUAUCCAGUAUAAAUAAAGUUAGUUUAGUUUAGGUUUCCCCCUGUAGUAACACUGGAUCAAUACGAAAUGAUCCUUACUGGGCAUCUAGGAAGAACAGUUAGUGUAGUUUAGUUUAGUUUGAGUUUCUUCUUGUCGUAACACUGAAGCAAUAACCACAAGGUAACCUUUAUUUGGGUUUUGAUUUUUUGAAUUCCUUUGAUAUAGUAACCAAAGACUGAUCGUAUCCCAGAGCACAGAGAACCAAGGUGAGAUCGUUCUUAAGGUGUCGUAUAACGUCUCAAAUUGUUUUAAUGGAGAAACUCCGACUUGCUUUCACAUAUGACUGUGGGGGAAUUGUGAAAUUUUUUGCAUUUGGGAAGACUUACGAACGUGGGUGCACAUAUAUGUCUGAUACAAUCAUGUACUGUUUUUUUUUUUACUUUGGUUUUGUCCAAUUCGAAGCCGGAUUGGCUUGAAGAAAUUGAUCGAUUAACGGUUAUCACAAAGAGUGAUUACUACAAAAACGCUAGUUGUUUAAAAGUGCCCUAUUCAAAGUGUCGUAUUGAAUAGGACGCCUUCUGGUUUUAAUAGCCCAACAUUUUGAGUAUAGUGAUAGUCAUCUCAAAUAUAUACAUAUUCAGAUCGGCUUUCCUCGCACAAGCCAUAGUUGUCUUAAAGUGCCUAUGACACGAAAUUUCACCCCAAAUGUUUAUGAUUGCAUUGUAAAGAUCACUUAAAAUGACUUAAUAAUUUCUUUUAUAGAAUUUUGGUAACUUGCUUCCUUUGCAAGAUAUUCAACUUUGUUUCAUAUGCAAAUAUCACCGGUGUGACAUAACAUCGCAUAAUGACAUUUUGAAAACGCAAUAUUUUACCUCGAUAAAAUAUGUUUACAAACAAAUACAGAGAGUUAAAUACCAGUUAUGAAAUUAAUACAUAUACAAGGGCAAUUUUUAAUUUUUUUAGGUACGUAUUCGUCAAGAAAACUAUACUUUUCAGAAAACUCAUUAUGUGAUGUGAUGUCACACCGGUGAUAUUUGCAUAUGAAACAAAGUUGAAUAUCUUGAAAAGGGAGCAAGUUACCAAAAUUCUAUAAAAGAAAUUAUCAAGUCAUUUUGAGUGAUCUUUACAAUGCAACCAACAACCAUAAACCUUUGGUGUGAAAUUUCGUGUCAUAGGCACUUUAAUUAAAGCUAUAAACCACCAUUAAUAUUCUACAUGCUUCGCGAUAUUUUUAACUCUUUUUUCGAGAAAUUUUCCGCGACCACCACCAUCAGACUCUUCCACGCUCAUUUUUUCCCAUGUUUUUUUUAUUUUUCUAAACUAUUCUCAUAACUAAAGACAGCAAGAUGCUUUAUAAUUUACACAUUAUUCAAUGAAAGUCACAUAUAUAUCCUUCAUUUAAAUUUGUAAAAUAUAGCCGGAAAGUCACGCAUCGUUAUGGUUUAAAAACCCUGCGUAUACAGAAACCACCAACUUUGACCAAUUUUUGCGCUGUUCGUUUCGCAGUAUACGUUAUUUUUCAAUGUUCGGAUACCAGUCUGGUAUUAGUAUUACUAACAGUAAAAAUGCAUCCAGCUACUAAAUCCGGGCCUGUAUCUCUCGUAAAACUAUUUAACAAAAGUAUUUCUAAGUUUGUAUUUUAUGUACAAGAUUCAACUUCAUCCGUUGCUGCUAUAUGAUGGAACACUUUGAUUUCUCUGCCCACGGAUUCUCUUUCUUGUCUACGGGCGUGAUCAGAGGGUCGGAAUUGAUAUUCUUUUGACAGUAAUCUUUCAAAC